CAACACGUGCCAUUUAUAUUGGUCCAUCUUGUGAUAAUCAAGUUAAUUAUACAAUUCAUCUACGAUUUACAUGUGGAAAUCAUUUGGGACAUCCAUCAUUUCCAAUUGUUUCGAUUAAAUCCAAAUGUAUGAUCAUAUUGAAUUGGGAAACAUCAGCUGCAUGUCGACAACAAAAACCGACAUUAUCAUUUGGUUUGAAUGAAAUGAAAUGCUAUGUUUUGGAUAAUAAUAAUCGUAUUCGUGAUCUUACACCAUUGAUACGUACAAAUGGUAGUUAUCAAGUGAUGGCUGAUUCAAAAGAAUUUUAUAUAAAUGUUUGUUCCGAUAUUGGUGGUACGGAAAAUCGUUGCUCAACACUAGAAGGUUCAUCAGCAUGUCAAUUGACUACUGGUUCAAAAAGUGGUUUCAUGGAAUCAGUUGGAACUUAUAAAUGGUCUGAUAUGAAAUUUAUCCCAUCGAAUCAACAAAAUGAACGUGAAAUCAUUGAACUUACUUAUUAUCGUACACCAACGUCAAAUUGUAAUCCUGUGACAAAAAUUCGUUUUAUAUGUCCACGACAUUUAUCACAAAGUGUUUCGUAUCGUAAUUAUCCGAUAUUAAUUUCGGAUUUAGAUUGUGAAUAUAUUGUCGAAUGGAUUACCGAUUAUGCGUGUCCAAUGGAUAUGAUUGGAAAAUCUAUCGAUUCGAAUACAUGUCAAUUUGAACAGAUUAAUCUGAAAUCAUUACCUCGAACAGAAUUUGUAUUUGAAAAUCUAUCCAUUCGAAAUCAAAACAAAACAAUUAUAAUGAAUAUUUGUGGCUCGGUCAGUCAAAAAUGUUCAUCGACAUCAUCAGUUUGUUUAGUUGAUGGUGGUGUUAGUGAAUCAAUCGGUUCAAAAACUGAAGGAAAAUUUUUCAAAGCUGAUAAUCGUCUAAGUAUUGUGUUUUCCUCGAAAAAUUCUGCAUGUAAAAAUGAUCAAGGAAAUCUAAUGAAUUCUCGUACAAUUAUUGAGCUUGAAUGUGAUAAUUCAUCUAAUGAUGCCUUAAAAUCUCAACGACCAGAAUUUAUUCGAUUUGAAAGUGAUACAUGUAUUUAUAAAUUUCGUUGGCAAACAUCAAUCGUAUGUCCAUUGUUUGAACAAUCUCGAUUGAAUUGUUCAUUAAUUACAAUGGAUUCGAAUAGAAAUCUUGUUCAAGUUGAUCUAUCAUCAUUACGAUUAUCUAAAUCAUUUCAUCAUAUACGAUCGCCCAAUAAGCAAUUUUUAUUCAAUGUUUGUGAUCGUAUACCAUCGAUAACUACCAGCAAAAAUGUUCCAGAAAUUUGUCAUCAUUCAUCUGCUUGUUUAAUUGAUUCAACCAAUAAUCUAUCUUUCAGUAUUGGUGAUUUUAAUCAUCCAAUCACCUAUAACGAGCGAGCAAAAACAUUUGAAUUAUUAUAUGCAGGUGGUUUUGAUCUUAUUCGCAACAAAACUGUUAAUACAAGAAUUAUAUUCAUCUGUUCAAUGUAUCAAGAAAAGCCAGAUGCAAUUGAUUUCGAUAUGGAAAAUUCAGAAUAUGUGUUUGAAUUUCGUACACCGGCUGCUUGUCCAAUAAAUCCGGUUGUUGGUGAUGGUUGUCAAGUUUAUGAUUCAUUCACUGGAAAUUCAUUUGAUUUAACAUCAUUGAAAUCAGCAAAUUAUUAUAUUGUUCGUGGUGAUCAAUAUGACUUUGAAUUGAAUCUUUGUGGACCGAUUAUUGGUGGUUCAUGUCAACGAGCUGAAACGGCAAUCUGUCAAAUAGAACUUGAUGGUCAAAAACGAAAAUUUAGUCUUGGUAAUUUUCAUGAUAAAUUAGUCUAUUGGAAUUCAAUUCUAAAUAUGACAUUUACAAAUGGUGAUCCAUAUAAUGAUGUUAAUCGUACACCACGUAAAUCACAUAUAUCGUUCGUCUGUGAUGAGACAGCUGGCAAAGGUCAUCCAGAAUUUAUUGGCGAAUCAAAUCGUUCAUAUUCAUUCACUUGGUAUACAUCAUUAGCCUGUGUUGGACAAGUACCGAAAACAAGUCAUUGUACAUUUGAAAAUGAAACACAUUUCAUUGAUUUUAGUCCACUAUCGAUGAGUGUUGGCAAUCAUUUCGUAUUGAGUGAUGAUUCGACAAUUAUCAAUAUUAAUUUUUGCAAAUCAUUGAAUCGUCAAAAAAAUCUAUUGACAAAACUAUGUAAACCGAAUUCAGCUGCUUGUAUGUUACAAAUGCAUCAAUCGGAUAAAGUAGCUACGGCAUUGAAUCUUGGCGAACCAUCUGAACCACCAUUCAUGGGCUAUGAUGGAAAUGUUCAUAUUAUGUUAGAUAAUGGUGAUCCAUGUCCAUAUGAUCCAACAGUGAAUUUAACCAGUAGUUUUCGUAUGGAAUGUGAUCAUGAAUCUGGACAAAUGAUCAAAAUAAUGCAAGUGGAUCCAAAUGAUCGUCAUAAAUGUACAUAUGAAUUUAUUGUACAAUCACCGAUUGCCUGUGCACAAAAAUUGACUGAAACUAAACUUGAUGAAAAUUGUAUUUAUACCGAUACACGUACAAAUCUAUCGGCUGAUUUAUUUUUAUUGAAACAAAUGAUUGAUUAUGAAAUCUAUACGAAAAAUCCAGUAAAUCGUAAUAGUGCAAGAUUUAUUCUAAACUUUUGUAAACCAGUUGGAUCAGUUAAAUGUGGUCCAAAUGAAGCUGUUUGUUUUUCAGAUGUUGAUAAAAGUCUAACCAGUUAUGGAUCAAUGGAUAAAAUGAAUAUUUAUGUGAAACAAAAUCUACAUAUACGUUAUAGUGAUGGUGAUCCAUGUGAUAAAAAAUCAUUAUCAAAUCGUAAACGUUCCACUGAUAUUGAAUUGGCUUGUUCACCGAAACAAUCCAAACCAAUCAUUUCACAUUAUGAUAAAUGUUUAGUGAAAAUUUAUUGGGAAACACCAGCCGUUUGUAGCCUAAAGGUACCAACUUGUUCAUUAUUCGAUUCGGAUGGUAAUUAUUAUUCAUUACGACAAUUAUCAUCAUUAUCACAUUCAUGGCGUGUUGAAAUAAAUAAUACAGAUAAUGACCAUUAUUUGAUUAAUGUUUGUAAACCAUUAUCACCGAAAACAUUUCAAAAACCGACAAAAAUACACGAUAAUACAUGUGAAAAAUCAUCGGCCGUUUGUCAAUGUAAUGAUAAAGAUGGUUGUAAACAAAGUUUGGGAAAAGUUUCCGAUCAUGAAUUAACAUUAGAUCCGGAGACUAAACAUCUAUUGUUAACCUAUGAAGAAGAUAUAUUAAGUUGUCAAGAAUCGGAAAUGUUUUUAUCACCAGUACGUACGAAAAUUCAAUUUCAAUGUUCAACUGAAACCGGUAUGGCUGGACCAAAAUUUAUCAACGUAAAAGAUUGUACACAUUAUUUCAUUUGGAAUACAUCGUUUGCAUGUCCACAUAAUCUGAUCAAAAAUGAUGAAUAUCGUUUAUUAUUAACAAACGAUAUGAUUCUUAUCGAUACAAUUACAAAUUUACGCUGGGAUCUUGGUGAAUUAUUGAAGAAAAAAGUUAUUGUACGUGAAACCCGUACACAUGAUGGCCAUGUUGAACAUUAUGAUUAUCAUAUUCAUCUUUAUCGUAAUAAUAACAACAAUGGUGAUGAUGAUCCAAAAAUGGCUGAUAAACAAUGUUCACAAGCAGCAAUUUGUCAAACAAAUGGUAAAGGUUUAAAUCGUGAUAUUGGCACAUUGAAUCAAUGGCAAUUUGUAUCCGAUGGUAAUAUUGCAUUACAGCUGAUUAUACAUUCAAAUACAUCACGUUGUGGACGUAAUCAAAUGAAAAAUGCUACAACAAAAAUAUUUUUCGAAUGUAUCGAUAAUGAACAUUACCGUCAACAACAUGAUAAUGAUAAAGCGAUGAACAACAACGAUGUUAGCUUUCUUUAUGAAAGUGAUGAUUGUGAAUAUUAUUUCCUAUGGCGUACACCAUUAGUAUGUCCAUUAUUGGAAGAACAACAAAAAUCUAGUCGAUCCAGUCAUGAUGGUUCCAAUGGUAAUGGCCAUCAACGUUCAUUAGCAUUUCCAAUUAUUUUCUCGUUAUUAAUACUGUGUUGUAUUGCAUUUGUUGUACAUCGUUAUCGUCAUGAGUAA